AUGAAUUCUACGGUGUUUGAAACCAGGAACUUUGAACAUGAGCUCUUUAUUCCUAUCGGGUUAUGCAAUAGAACAUACAGGCUAAUCCAAUUAUCAAACGGAAUACUUACACUUUUAAUAUCAGACCCAACAGAAGAUACAUCAGCUGUAUCAUUGUCAGUAUGUUCUGGUGCUUAUAAUGAUCCAGAUGAAAUAUCGGGCUUAGCUCAUUUCUGUGAGCAUAUGAUUCUCUUAGGAUCGAAGAAAUAUCCAAAACCCAAUCAUUUACAAAAACUUGUGGGAUCCACCAAUGAAGGAAUGUUAAACGCCUAUACUACAGGGGAAAUAACGUGUUUUUAUUUUCAAAUGAAAUCUCCAAAUAAUGAUUUCAGACUUUUGGAUGAGUCUUUGAAAGUAUUUUCGGAUACUUUUUGUUCUCCAACAUUCAACAUGCCAUUUAUGAAGAAAGAGAUGAUGGCAAUUGACAACGAGCAUCUCAGGAACAAGACAAAUUUAACAAAGAUUCUUUUUCAUGGACUUAGAUUACUUUCAGAAGCCAGCCCAGGAAAUGUUUUCCGCAGAUUUGCCACAGGAAAUUUGUCCACAUUAUUGAAAGUCCCGACAAGUACCCUACGCGACUCUUUAAUCACCUAUUUUGAUAGUAAUUAUAAACCAAGAAAGUUUGCUUUGGUAGUGAAGAGUCCCCAGUCCGUCAAUCUUAUUCAAAAAUUGGUUCUAUCAAGUUUUGGUCUGAUCCCUCAAUACAACUUCGUGGAAGAAAAAGAAGAUAUUUCCGACUUUCAGAAUAUCCGAGAGAGCUAUGAUCACAAAACUAAACCGUUUAACAGAAAGCAGCUCAAUAGAUGUAUCUUCAUCAAAUUUGUCAUUAAGGCUAAUACAGAAAAUAUAACUCGUUUAGCUUUCCCAUUAGAUUAUAAUGCUGAUGAUGCUGAUCAGUCAAAGAAGUCUCUUCUCUUUGCUGAUAUAAUGGUAAGAAUAUUAGGAGAUGAGAGCUCUGGGUCGACAUUUUAUCAGUUUCUUCAGAGAAAAAAUUAUAUCCAAAGUAUGGAAUGUUUCAUUUCUGAAUUGAAAAUCGGAUCAAACUGUUUGAUUGUCCAGUUGAAGCUAACGAAGACAGGAUCCAGAAAUAUCGACCAUAUAAUUUCAAUGUUUUUUAGGACCAUAAAUGAGACUUUCAAGCUAUUUUUCGAGGAGAAAGAGCUAAAGAAAUCGGAAAUAAUUGAUAGUUUGGCGAGCUACUUGUCUGACGCUUUAUCUAUAGACCUUCUAAACUACCUAUAUUUGGACGUAAAUCAAACAUCAAUGGAUGAAGUAUCAGAUUAUUCUGUGAAUUUGCAGCAAUCUUUGAGAAUGUUGGGACCUAAAUGGAUAUUGAGAGGUAUGCCGUCUUGGAAUGACUUUGAGGGAUUCAAAGGCUUCCACUCUGAAAAUGAUGAUGCCAAAAAAUGGUGGGAAGAGAGAGCUUUGGAGUUUUACAAAUUUGUAGUCGGAAAUAUUAAUUAUAAUAACUUCAAUUUGUUGGUAUAUGGUAAGGGGGAUUUGAUUAAGACUUUCAAUGAGCUAUUCCUCAUUGAUGAUGACUACUACAACGAAUAUUCCAAGCAAUUUGCAAUUCAAGGGAGUGACUUUUAUGAGGAUCCACAUUUCUGUUUCUCUUACAAAUAUUUCAAAAUCAAUGUCAACUACUUGAAAGGCAUCGAUGGUAUUUCAGUUAAAUCCGAAAUCGAUUCUAUGAGAAUAAUUUUCAAUAAAAAUAUAUUUAUUCCAGAAUUUGCCAGAAAAUAUGAUUUGGUGCUCAGGAGAUUUGAAGAAAGUUUCAAGAUAUCCUCAAAGAAUUCCUUAGGGUUCAGCAACAAUAAAAAUAGUAUUUUUGAAGGUCCACCGAUAUUACUCGAAUCAGAUAGACACCAUCAAAUCUAUUACAAGCCCGAACAUUUACUAAAAUAUUCAGGGAAGAUGAUAGUAUCUAUUGAUAUUGUCAGUACUGGUAUAGCCAAGGCAAGUGCGAAGCAAAUAGUUUCAAAUGAAAUCUUGUGCGAAAUCAUAAGUGCAAGAUUAUACUCUAAACUUCAUUCUAGUGAACCUCUAGGAUAUAGCUGGAACCUAACUACUUCUAGUAAAAAUGAUUUGAGAAUUGGGAUAAUCGUUGGCGGAUUUUCUGCCAGGAUAGACUUAUUGAUUACUUUGAUUUUGAAUGAGCUUCUAUUAUACAAAAGAAACAGAUUCGCAUCAGUGAUUGAUGAUGCCUUGUAUUUCAAAUCGAGGUCAAAGAUCAAAGAAUUCUAUGAAAAUUUGGCCAAACAAAACUCCUUUCAGUUAGCGACUGCUGGAUCAGUGGUGUUGUUGGAGGAGAACUCCAUUCAGUUGGAAAGACGACUCGAAGAGCUCAGUGAUAAUACUUACGAGGAUAUCGAAGAAUUAGUACACCAAAUAUUCCAUAAUGAAAACAAUUCAUUGUAUACAAAUAUAUUUGUUCAGGGAGAUGUUGGGAAAGAACAAGCUUUCAGAAUAUCUAGCCAAGUUGAUAUUCUAACCAAUCAUCUUUUUAGAGGUCACAUUCCCAAAGAAGAAUUAAACUAUAAAUGUCCGAACACCCAUUUCAUCAAACAGGGUCAUAAUUACUAUUUUGAAAGAUCUAGUCCUGAUUUCACGAACAGUAUAGUGUACUUCAUCCAAACAGGUUUAAGGGAUGAUUCAAAGAAUAGGACUUUGACAAAGUUGCUUAGCUUUUUUGUAUCGUUGGACGCCAUCACUGAACUUCGCUCAAAUAAGCAAUUGGGUUAUGUGGUUACCGCAGGACUAAGAAUAUAUAGAAAUACAACGGGCAUCCAUAUAUCGAUUGUUAGUGGCAACUAUGAACCUGAAGCUCUUGAGAAUGAAAUUAACAAAUACUUGAUGUCUUUAGAGCAUAAGCUUAGGGACAUGACCCAAAAGGAUUUUGAUGAACAAAUUAAAUUUCCUUUUUUAAGGAUGUACAUUAACGAUGAAAGUGGAAUUCUUCCUGAGUCAAAUAGUCCGAAGAAUUUCUUUGGUAAAAUAAACGAAGGAAAUAUUGGAUCGUAUUUAAAUAGCUCAAUGAAAGCAACUGAUAGUGCAAAUUUUGAUUUGGAGGAUCUCUCCAGAGUGUCGAUGGUGAAAAGCGGUAGUUCUUUACUGAAUUUGAACACUGGACUUGCGGAUAAGCAUUUUCAACUUUGGGAAGAGAUCAUAUCCAAGACAUACAGAUUUCAAUCAAUCAGGACAAAUUAUCUAUCUAAUUCAAAUGAUUCCUAUGGCAUUGAUUUGUUACUCAUAAACAGACUUGAGAAGUAUCAAUUUAUGGAGUUUUGGGACGAAAAAGUAUCAAUAAGAUCACCAAGGAUAUCAAAACUUUCUAUUUGGAUAAAAAAAGAUGGGGAAGCUAAUAGAAAAGAAUCUUCAGAAAAUAACGAGGAAAGGCAAAUUGAAUUGAUGGUCUCUCAAAUUGAGAUUCUUUUAAUGUUCAAUAACCUACUAAUUCCCAGAGAGAAGCUUAUUGAAAUAGUGAGAGAAAGCAAAGGAAAUGAGACACUUAUGAUGAAGAGCUUAUUGAAAUAUUUUAUGAAAAAUGGUGAAAGAAUGAAGGUCUUAGUGGCUAUAUUGAAAAAUGUUUUCAAAGGAGUCAACGUCAAUCUUAAAGGCAGAUUCAAUGGGAAAAGAAAUAGUUCGGCCGGGGAGAUCGACAAACUGGAAACCUAUAUAAAACUUCUGAAAAUCGAGGAAAUAUCUGAAUUCCACAGAAACAACCCACCUAUAUGA